CGUCAGUCAGUCCUACGGUACUCCGAGACUGGAGCCGCGGCGAACCGUCACACAACAUGACAACAAUCUCAUGAGCUAUUCUGUGAAAAAAAAACUCUUGUUUGGGAGUAUUUAUACACUAACUGGACUAAAGGGACGGCGUAUCUAACUGUAGAGGAGGAGUCAAGAGAGAUUUUUUUUAGCAUUCAGUGGAAGACAGGAAGCAGACGGGUCAGUACUGACGAGAGAGGAGAUCCUGCUACAGUCUGGAGGGCUUAUCCUGGGCUGACUGGCUAACUCGGGUGUGGCUCUUUGUCUGGAGCUGCUACUGACCUCCGUCCUGCUGUCAUGGCCUCAGCCAUCACACCAUGCAGAAAGCACCCCUCCUAACCCUCAUACCUCACACACACUCACACCACACUUCACCACACACACACACAGCCAUGAUGACCACCUCCCACAUGAACGGAUAUGUGACCGAGUCAGACGGUGGGGGAGGGAGCGUCGGAGGCACUGACUUUCUGGAGGAGGUGGUGCAGAGGCACAGGGAGAUGGCGGUGGACUGCCCCAGUGAACUGGGUGCCCGCACCCUGCCCGUCAGACGCAGCGCUCAGCUGGAAAGGAUCCGUCAGCAGCAGGAGGACCGCAGGAGACGGGAGGAAGAAGGCCGCAAUCGACAGGAACUCGACCUCACCUCAUCCAUGCGCCUGAAAAAACUCUCCCAGAAUCCCAAAGUGGGCAUCGAUAACCCCACCUUUGAGCAAAUGGAAGGUCCGGGAGGCUCUAUAGGUGGUCUGCAAAUUCUCACUGCACCACCAUCUCUACUAGAGCUGGAGGACCUGUUGAUGUCCCUCAAGCAGGUGCAGCAUAGUUUGAAUGACUCUCAGAGUCAAGAGGACAUGGAGCUGGUUCUACAGCUGGUCCAGAAGUCUGACUUCCAGAAAGCCUUCAACAUUCAUAAUGCUGUGGCCCACUAUAUGAACCGGCCCAGCCCUCCCUACCCCCUGACGGAUCAUGCACAGAGCCUCGCACAAGAGGUGGAGGUCAUGAUGCACAACAGCUCGCAGAAGGAAGGACUUGAGCUAAGCACCCUCCUCAAAACUCCUCACAUGCAGGCGCUAAUGAUGGCCCAUGACAGUGUGGCUGAACAGGAGAUGCAGCUGGAGCCUCUAGUUCCUUCUGUCAAUCAAAGUGAGACUCUCACCCAGUGGGGCGGGGAGACUGUCAAAAUCGUUCGGAUUGAGAAAGCAAAGGACAUCCCAUUGGGAGCGACUGUUAGAAACGAUAUGGAUAGCGUGGUCAUCAGCCGCAUUGUGAAAGGAGGAGCAGCAGAGCACAGUGGCCUUCUGCAUGAAGGAGAUGAGAUCCUGGAGAUCAACGGUGUGGAAAUCCGUGGCAGAGAUGUCAACGAGGUCUUCGACAUCCUGGCGGACAUGCAUGGCGUACUGACUUUUGUUCUCAUUCCCAGCGCGCAGAUCAAACCACCUCCUAUUAAAGAGACUGUGAUGCAUGUCAAAGCACAUUUUGACUACGACCCUUCAGAUGACCCAUAUGUUCCGUGUCGAGAACUCGGCCUGUGCUUUCAGAAGGGAGAUAUCCUCCACAUAAUCAGUCAAGAUGACCCUAACUGGUGGCAGGCCUACAGAGAUGGGGAUGAAGACAACCAGCCACUUGCUGGCCUGGUCCCUGGCAAAAGUUUCCAGCAGCAGAGAGAGGCAAUGAAGCAAACCAUAGAGGAGGAUAAAGAGCCUGAGAAAUCAGGAAAACUUUGGUGUGCUAAAAAGAACAAGAAGAAGCGAAAGAAGAUGCAAUACAAUGCUAAUAAAAACGAUGACUUUGAUAAUGAGGAGGUUCUCACAUAUGAAGAAAUGGCUCUAUACCACCAGCCAGCCAAUCGCAAGCGGCCCAUUGCUCUCAUCGGCCCACCAAACUGUGGUCAAAAUGAGCUCCGACAAAGACUCCUCUCCAGUGAGCCAGACCGGUUUGCUGGUGCUGUUCCUCACACCACACGAAGCCGUCGCGAUAUUGAGGUGAAUGGCCGCGAUUAUCACUUCGUUUCCCGUCAGGCAUUUGAGAUGGACACUGCGGCAGGGAAGUUCAUAGAGUCUGGAGAGUUUGAAAAGAACCUCUAUGGCACCAGCACAGACUCAGUCCGACAAGUCAUCAACACGGGCAAAAUCUGCCUCCUCUGUGUACACACUCAGUCUUUGAAGGUUUUACGGAGCUCAGACCUCAAGCCCUACAUUAUCUUCAUUGCUCCUCCAUCCCAGGAGCGAUUGAGAGCCCUCUUAGCUAAAGACAACAAAAACCCAAAGCCCGAGGAGCUGAGAGACAUCAUUGAGAAGGCCCGUGAGAUGGAGCAGAACUUCGGCCACUUGUUUGACGCCGCCAUCGUCAACACCGACCUGGACAAGGCCUACCAGGAGCUGCUGCGUCUCAUCAAUAAACUAGACACUGAACCUCAGUGGGUCCCUUCAUCCUGGCUGCGCUGAGAUGAAGCCAGCACCCCUCCACAGACGUGUGUAAACGAAGAGCAGACUGUUUGAGAAUCGGGUUCCACAGAGUCGACUGAAAGCCGCCGUUUUUACACUACAGGAUUCAACACUAGAUAAGGACACUAGGCCCCCUCAGACCUCUCCAGAAGUGUCUGUCUGCACUGUACUGUCAGCAGGCUGAGGGAAUGAGCGUUUUUAUGUCAGAAUUCAUUUGAUCAUGGUGUGUUUUUGAGUCCGGGCGGUUACCCACAUUCCAGUGAGAGUUACCAGCAUUUGGUGCAGCAGUAGAAUAAGAGCUUCUAUACUGCCUUUGAAAACUAUUUAUGAUUGUAAAUAUUCUAUAUGUAUUUUUAAAGAAGUUUUUGGACAAAUGUGGAGGGUUUAAAUAGUGUGGGAAAGCAACUGUACUAAAAGUCACUGUUUUAAAAGUCCAAUGAGAUAUUCAGACUUCAGAAUAGUUUGGGCUCCCUGACAUUAUUAGUGGACAAAGACAUUCGUUCAUCAGUUCUCUCCUCUUUCACCCUGAAUCUCUGAUGUACAAUGCUACGUGAACAUCAAGCAGUGAGUCCAGUGCCCAUCUGAACAACUCUUUCAAGCUUACAAGACACUAAAAGGGAUAAAUGUCAAAGCGACUGAUGCCUUCUAUCCCUGUGGCUCUGCCUCAGUGUUCCUAUGGCAAGCAACACUGUGAUUAUGACAGAGGUUAAAAGUACACUUCAGGUUUUUAUUGAGAGUUUGCAAGGCCACAUGUGAACACCGCUGCAAGAUGAAAGUGGCUAAAUGUAAGUCUAUGCUCUCUGUCUCAGUAUUCACAUGCACUUCCAGCACUCAGAAGUGUAAACAGUAUUUGACAGCAAUAUAGUCAGAGGUUCACCAUCUGAGCGUCAGCACGGCCUAGUCUUAGUCAAUGCUUCUGCACAAUUUAAAAUGUUUCGUUUGUGAUCUGUUUUGAUUGGAUUUGAAGGUUCUGUUUUGUUUUUACCCAUUUCAACAUGAGCAAAGGGCUGGUGUUUUAACUUGUGGUAAUGCUCUACAUUAUUAGGAUCUCAUGAAACCUGCCAAGAACAUGUCCUGGUCUUAUUUCGCCCUAAAUCAGAAAGAAAAAUAUACAUUUUAUGAGUGUGUGUUCUUAAAAUUACAGAAUGCAAUAUGAAUAAAAAUUAGCAUCAUCAAAUAUUUGACCUUAAUUUGCACAUCGUAUAAUGUACUGGUCGUAUUAUUAUAAUAAAGUCAAAAUGCUGUUUAAACAUUAAAAUCUAAUUUGAAUCACUUUUGAAAAUAAAAACAAAAAUACAAUAAAAAGAUAAGAAAUGCUGCAUUUUUGUGAAAAAAUGUGGUCCAAACACAGGCUUCAUUUUCUUUGUGCAACAUGUGUAUGUUUUUCUGUUUGGUUUCGGGGUGUAAUCUUACCUGGACAUGUUUCAUGAGAUCUCACUGGUUUGAAACGUCAGCUCCAUGUUGAGGUGAGAUGUGUGUGCUGAGAGUAUGCUUAUGAACGCAUGAUUGUUUUGGGGAAUGUUUAGCCCAUGAGUGCAAAUGCUGGAAGUGAGGAACACUUGAUCUUGAUGGACAGAAAAACUGUGUGUGUGUGUGAGAGAGAGAGAGAGUGUGUGAAUAUGUGUGUGCGCACAUGAUUGGUAACAACUCUUUUAAAAGAAGGACUGUCAGUUUUUGCAGGCAAGUAUUAUCUCCAUAGCUGAUUCAAGCACACACUAGAAACAGCUUUACGGAGAUUUGUUCAGCAGAACUGUUUUGUUUUGUUUUCAUUAAGAUGAUCAAUGUAUAUUUAGAAUGCAACCUAAAUGUUUUGUUUUUAUGUACAGAAUAGCUCAGCAUCUAGAAUCACACCGCUGAGGUUUUUACGCUUGUGCACUACACUUUGGUUUGUGUUGUGAGUGUGGACAGAGCCAGUAACCCGCUGUGCAACACCUCACUCUCAUGUUGAUCUAGUUAUAUGCCAGACAACUGGAAGUAGAAUUAAUGAAUGUAAAAGAAGAAUCACCUUUCCUUCUCGACUGUUUUUGUAUGAAUUAUACAAGUGAAUUAAAGCCCAGAUUAAUCAUUUAA